AUGAAAGCGAUCAUCACACAUCGAUUCUUGCCCAAGCGGCUGCUGAGUCUCGCUCUCGGUAGUCCGCUUGGACAGGGCGCCCAAGUCAAGGAUGUCCCCAUUCCAAGCAUCACCGACAAUGAGGUCUUGGUGAAGGUGCGUGCCGUCGCGCUGAACCCGAUUGACUUCAAAGAUAUUGAUUUCUUUUCCCCGCGUAACUCCGCCAUUGGCUGCGAUUAUGCGGGCGAGGUAACUCAGGUCGGCAAGAAUUCGGGACAGCGCUGGAAAGUGGGAGACCGAAUUGCUGGCUUUGUUCACGGUGGAUUAUAUCCUGAUAUCGGCUCGUUCGCAGAGUACCUGAAAGUUGACGGAGACCUGGCUUGGAAGGUGCCUGACGAAAUGACUCUGGGCGAAGCCACUACUUAUGGAGUUCCCGCAGCCACCGCGAUGCUGAGUCUUGCGUAUCUUGACAUUCCCUGGGCGGACAUUGAGAACGGGCGCAGCACCCAGGGUGACCAACCGACUAUUCUCAUCUACUCGGGAGGUUCGAAUGUUGGUCUCUUUGCUAUUCAGCUCGCCAAGAGAGCAGGAUAUAAGGUUGUGGUAACGGCUUCGCCACGUUCCUUUGACCUCGCAAAGCGCUAUGGUGCCGAUGCAGUAUAUGAUUACCGGAACUCUGCUUCGAUUGGCGAAAUCAAGAACGCCUAUCCAAAUAUCACAAAAGCUCUUGACUGCUUUUCUGAAGGCAGUUCGGCCUCCUUCUGUGCUGAUGUGUUACGGGAGGGCAAAGUAGUCACGCUUCUCGACCAAGGGAAACCGAAGAAGGCAAACGUGACCUACACUUUCCUCAUGAUCUACACUGUCUUUGGUCGCAAGUUUCAGUUGAUGGCACCCCUUGGCCCCGUGUACCCGGUGAUGCCGAAAGAUCGCGAGGUCAUCAGCAACUUUUAUGGCAACUUGUCAACUUUGUGCCUUGACGUUGUGAGACCUCCACCCAUCACCACUAUUAAGGGCGGUUUCAAAGAAAUUUUUGAAGGACUGGAGACGCUUCGCAAGGGCGAAGGUCGGGGCACAAAACUUGUCGUCGAAUUUCAGUGA